GUCCCCUUGUGUCACUUCUUAGAAAUUUGUCGCAAAGAUCGGACAUGGAUCGAAUUCAAUUUAAAGUAAAUGGCUGUAAAUAUACAGUGGGAAACGAAGUGAGUUCUGAAGUGAUGCUGCUGGACUACCUGAGGGAGUACCUCCAGUUGAGGGGAACUAAGUACAUGUGUCGUCAGGCCGGUUGCGGUGCUUGCAUAGUGGCAGCUAAACGUCCGGACCGUUGUACGAACGAAGCUGUCAAUUCGUGCAUGGUCCCGAUAACGUCCUGUCAGAAUUGGGAAAUAACAACCAUUGAAGGAGUGGGAAAUAGGAAUGAAGGAUACCACCCUUUACAAAAAAGCUUAGCAGCUCACAACGGUAGCCAGUGUGGUUACUGUUCGCCGGGCUGGGUUAUGUCUAUGUACAGCCUUUUGCAACAAUACAAAACCCCGACCAUGAUAGAAAUCGAAAAACUACUAGGGUCUAACGUCUGCAGAUGCACUGGGUACAGACCAAUUUUAGAUGCCUUCAAAUGUUUCGGUAAAGAUGCUCCGAAAAAUCUAAUUCCUGAUAUUGAAGACUUAGUCAUUUGUAAGAAGACCGGACAGCCGUGCGAUAAUCCACGUGAUGCAGAUUGGUGCUUGGUGAAUAAAGAGGACGCUGAUGAGCCAAACACGAUUAGGAUAGAAUUGUGUGACGGAAGACUUUUUCUUAAGGUUUUUAAAAUAAGUGAAAUUCUGCGACUAUUGGAAACGGAGAAUUAUGAUUCUUACCAACUUGUUUGGGGAAAUACGGCUAGAGGUGCAUAUCCAACAGAUGUGCGCGCCCAGCUAUUAAUAGAUAUAACGGGGGUAAAUGAAUUGAAGGGAUAUUACUUGGAUCAGAAUCUGGUCAUCAACGUUGGAACCACUUUAACUGAAUUGAUGAGUAUCUAUAAAAAACUGUCAGAAGAAGAAGAAGACUUUCAAUAUUUGGGCCGGUUUUAUGAGCAUUUGGAAAUGGUAGCUCAUGUUGCUGUCAGAAAUUUAGGCUGCAUAGCCGGAAAUCUGAUGAUAAAACAUCAACAUAAUGACUUCCAAUCCGACUUGUUCGUGAUGUUCGAAACUGUCGGCGCUCAAUUGACUCUUGUAACAGGACAAGGUAAAUCAAGAACGGUAACUAUGGGAGAAUUCCUGCAGACAAACAUGCGAGGAACGGUUAUAUUAAACGUUAUGUUGCCUCCUUUGAAUAAGACCUAUUUGGUUACAACUAUGAAGAUAAUGCCUAAAUCUCAAAAUGCGCACGCUAUAGUCAAUGCUGGUUUUCUAUACAAAUUAGCCAAUAAUUCGAUAGUCACUCAAGCCAGGAUCGUCUACAACGGCAUCUCACCGACAUUCGUAAGGGCUUUAGGAACCGAGAAUUUCCUAAUCGGAAAACCGUUGUUCAAAAACGAAACUCUUCAGUCGGCUUUGAACAUUUUGAAGAAGGAUCUAAACGCCACUGAAAUGCCUCCCGAACCAAGCGCAGCGUAUAGACAGCAGCUGGGUUUGGCAAUGUUUUAUAAGGGUCUCUUAUAUUUUUAUCCAUCAAACAACAUAAAUCCGAGGUAUCUCUCUGGAGCUACAUUUCUCCGUAAGGCAAGACCUUUAUCACGUGGAGAGCAAAAUUAUGAAACAAAUUCUGCACUUUGGCCUUUAAGUCAGCCAAUCCCAAAGUUAGAAUCAUUGAUACAAUGUGCAGGUGAAGCAGAGUAUGUGGAUGACAUACCCUCGUUACCUUAUGAAGUAUUUGGUGCGUUCGUUUUAAGUACUGUUGCUCUGGGACAGAUCGCCUCAAUAGACGCUUCAGAAGCUUUGAAAAUAAAAGGAGUUAUAGCAUUCUACACGGCUAAAGACAUUCCUGGCAAAAAUUCGUUCAUUCCAAAAGAAGCGGUUAACACAUCAGAUGAAGAGAUUCUUUGUUCUGGGGACGUCAAAUACUAUAAUCAACCUUUGGGGAUAAUUGUAGCUGAAUAUCAACAUAUAGCUGUAAUCGCUGCUAAAAAUGUUAAAAUCAAAUAUACAAAUAUCCGGAAACCAGUACUAGAUAUUAGUGAUGCUAUAAGAGACCCAAAGAGAAAUUCAAUACUAACCUCUGUAGACGCAACGACUAGAGGUCAUGAUACCACACAAGUUGUCAAAGGAAAUGCCACUAUUUAUGGGCAAUACCACUUUAGUAUGGAAAUUUUAGUUUGUGUAACGCUUUCAACUGAAGAAGGAUUACAGGUCUAUCCUUCUGUCCAAAAUAUGGAUGGUGUGCAGGCUGUGAUAUCAAAAGCUUUGAAUUUAGACGCUAAUAGGAUAGACAUAAAAGUCCGACGCUUAGGAGGUUCUUACGGUAUCAAGGUCACGAGGUCCAACCAAGUAGCUGUGUCGUGCAGUUUGGUAUCAUUCAAAUUGAACAGGCCAUGUCGCUUCGUACUUCCGCUCUCAACUACUACAAGAGCUUACGGAAAGAGAUUUCCGUGUAUUGCUGAUAUGGAAGCUGGAAUAAACCGAAGUGGAAUAAUUCAAUACUUAAAUUUCAAAUUGUACGAAGACAAUGGUUAUAAAGUCAAUGAGAUCAUACCUUCAAUCAGUAGAGAUGUUUAUAAUAACUGCUAUGAAAAAUCUACGUGGUCAUUUCAGUGUAUUAAUACAAUCACCGAUACUGCUAAAAACAGCUGGUUCAGAGCACCUGGCACACUAGAGGCUGUGUCAUUCGUUGAAUUAUUCAUGGACAGAAUUGCCUACGAAGCAAAUUUAGAUCCUAUAGAAUUAAGGCUUGCUAACUUAGAUCCAGAACAUAAAGAUCUAAGAGAAAUGCUUGACACUUUAAUGAAGGAAUCCAAAUAUAAAGAACGAAGAAAAGCAGUUGAAAUUUUUAAUAAGAAUAACAGAUGGCUGAAAAAGGGAUUGCGUUUUAGUUUCUUGAAAUGGGCUAGCACUAUUGCUCCUUAUUUUGAUAUAGAAGGGGCUUUCAUAAUGGGCUUAGGAUACUGGACCACAGAGAGACUAGUCUAUGACAAGAAGACCGGAGAACUGCUGACCGAUACCUCUUGGACUUACUAUGUUCCACAAGCGCGUGAUAUACCGCAGGACAUGAGAGUUUAUUUCCGAAAGAAUUCUUAUAGUAACCGACCCAGUUUUGGAUCUAAAAUGACCGGGGAGCCGCCAAUGUGCAUGACAAUUUCUGUGCCUCUAGCUAUUAGAGAAGCCAUCACAUCUGCGCGACGAGAAUCCGGGAUACCAUCAACGCAGUGGUUUGACAUUGAUGGGCCCUACAAUUUGGAGAGCGUGUGCUUGUCAUCGGCGACAGACAUUAAAGAUUUCAAAUUUUAUUAAUAAUUACAUUUUACGACGUUUUCUUUUUGAAUUGUUUUGUGAAAAUAUCAUUCAACGCUUUGCGAUUGAUGUGUCUAUCAAACUAAUAUUGGAUUACGUAUUUGAAAAUACUUAAAUAAACUAAUUGAAUGCUUGUA